AUGGAAGAUGACUUGCGCCUGAUUCCCCGACAGAUCUGGGCGAAUCCAACACCGACAACGACGAAGAAGUAUUCACCAGGCUGUACGCCUGUCGUCUUGCCGAGCAAUGGAGUUAUAUGGCUUAACACCUCAUAUCCUAUUACUCUCACCGAAAACGCCGUCUUCGAACCCCUCUGUACCGGGGCCCCAAGCGACGAUGUUCACACCUCCGCCGUCCUCGAUACCCGCGAUCCUUUCUAUUCCUCCAUUACUCCCCAGCUAUACGCCAUCGGUUGUGCGACGGUCGUUAGUUAUCUUCUAGUCAUUAUCCUUCUCAUCACACCGCGCACAUUCUACGUUGGAGGCCCCGGCGGCGGCGCCAAUUUCCUCGGCCGCCAUGGUAUGAUCAGCGGAUCAUAUAGUGGGAACUCGUCGGUUGUCGGAGUGGGCGGACGACCAUGGCUGCAGAAAGUGGCUGCGAUCUUGGUCGCGAUCUCGUUAACUAUAGCCACGGUCGAUUCCUUCAAGGUGGCUGAGCGACAAUACAACUAUGGGUAUUCGGAUGCCGAGGCGCUCUCCGAGGAGGUGAUUGAUGGGCUAGAAAUCCGAAUCGUGCGCGUGGUCUCGAGCACGUUUCUGUGGCUUGCGCAGGUUCAGACGUUGAUUCGACUAUUUCCGCGACACAAAGAAAAGGUCAUGAUCAAAUGGGCUGGGUUCGCGUUGAUUGUGCUGGAUACGACGUUUAGUAUUUUGGAGAAUUUCUGGGUCAGGAGUUCUUCAACGCGGCCCAGACUUUAUGACGAUGCGAUUCCUGCUCUGAGCUAUCUGUUCGAAUUGUCGCUCAAUCUGCUUUACGCUGCUUGGGUUAUCUUUUACUCCAUAUCCAAGCACCGAUACGCCUUCUUUCACCCCAAGAUGCGGAAUAUCUGCUUGGUCGCUCUUUUGUCAUUGUGUGCCAUUUUGAUACCCGUCGUUUUCUUCGUUAUGGAUAUUGCCAAACCGGAAAUUGCUGGCUGGGGUACCUACAUUCGAUGGGUAGGCUCGGCAGCAGCUAGCGUGGUGGUCUGGGAGUGGGUAGAGCGCAUUGAGGCGCUGGAACGUGAUGAAACCAAAGAUGGAAUCUUGGGACGAGAAGUCUUCGACGGAGAUGAGAUGCUUGAAGUCACGCCGUCCGAGGAAGUUGACUGGCCACGCUAUUCAUCCCAGGGUCACGAUCGAGGUGGCGGCAAUGGUACCUCAUCCGGAUGGGGCGGCGUGAUGGGCUUGGCCCAUCGUCCUUUACGAGCUCGGGCUGGAUUGCCCCGCGGCAAUCGACAUAGGGGUGCUGGAGCGCCACCGAAGGACCAAGCCGCUACGUCGGCGCCGCUGGGUAACCGGCCCACACCACCGCCCGCGGCAAUCACACCGGUCAGCCGUGCUGAUACUGCGAGCGCAGCAAGCACGGUGUACAACAUCCGGUAUCAUCCAGUAACUAGCCCAACGCCUCCCGUGGCAAUGCCCAAUAUGGACGAGGAGGAAGAGAUGGACGAGGCCAAGGAGUUGGAACAAGGGGACACCGAAUUAAAUGAUACGAACGGCAAUUCUCUCAGUGCCCAAAAUACCCGAGAGCAGUCACCGCAGAUUGUCCAAGCCGACCCCCGAUGGCAUGCCCUCCUGUAUCCAUUCAGGAGGCGACGUGCAUCUCUACCCAAAGAAGUGGCAUCAGCACAGGCCGGAGAAGAACACUCGGAAAACAGACUAUCUGCUACGGGCGAAGAGGCCGAGGCCGAGACAAAUUCUGCUCGAUCUCGAGCGGAUCACUUCUUUUCUCUUCAUCGCAAGACUCGACUAGGCGCUGGAUCGCAAAACCCCGAUGGCCCAUUACCAAUCACCGUUAUCCCCGCACGUCGGCGCGGUCAGCACACAUGGUCCCCGGAGAACCGAUUACUGGAGGAAGCUCGUCCAGCAGGUGAGAUCCGACCGAUUGAGCCUGCUCCACACCACGAAACGCCUUCUCGCCGUCCCAAUCUGCCGGUACGGGUCAUUCCGACUCGAGCACAGGCAUCUGCUCCAUGGACCGAGGCAGACGUCGAGCGAGGGGGCGGCGACUACGUCCUGCACUAUGAUCCUGAAGCUGCGGCGCUAGUGGUCGACGAGGAUGUCGGCCAUGUGCACGAUGAUCGUGUUAUGGAUUAUGACCAGCGAAGUUGGACUGGUACGGCGUACUCAGAAGAACGGAAUGAUGCGCAAUCCGGGGACGAAGAGCAGUCCCCUGUGAGAUCCCCGCACGGCGAUGCGGAGCAAGGGCCUUCCGAUGUACAGCAUGGCCGCAAUUCCUGA